AUGUGAAGCGCCGGUCUCCAGAGAGGUUAUCCCGGCCAGUCGCGCACAAAGCGAACCCAGACUUGUGCAGCGAUGCUCCGAGACUGCGUGUUGAUCACCGUUUUUUGGGUCGGUGCAGUCGCCCCAGGAAUCCCGCAUGAUGACAUUCACUGGACAUACACAGAGGGAGCUUUGGACCAGAUGCACUGGGCGACCAAGUACCCAGCGUGCGGGGGUAGGAAACAGUCCCCGAUUGACAUCCAAAGGCGCAGCGUUCGACACAAUCCAGACAUUUUACAGCUGGAGCUCAGUGGAUAUGAUGCUCAGAAAGGGACAUUUCUUAUGUUCAACACUGGACACUCGGUCCAAAUUGACCUGCCGCCCACCAUGAAGAUCACAAAAGGCAUGCCGGGGAAAUACACAGCUGUUCAAAUGCAUCUGCACUGGGGCGGCUGGGACCUGGAAGCCAGCGGAGCGGAGCACACCAUCGACGGCAUCCGCUACAUGGCUGAGCUCCAUGUUGUCCAUUACAAUUCAGACAAGUACAAGAGCUUCACUGAGGCCAUAGAUAAACCAGACGGGUUGGCGGUCCUCGCUUUUUUCUAUGAAGAUGGACAUUUCGAAAAUACCUAUUACAGUGACUUCAUCUCCAACCUUGCCAAAAUCAAGUAUGCAGGCCAGUCAAUGAAUAUUUCCAGUCUGGAUGUGCGUUCCAUGCUUCCAGAGAACAUCAACCAUUUCUUCAGGUAUCAGGGCUCCCUCACCACUCCGCCGUGCUACGAGAGCAUCCUGUGGACGGUGUUUGAUACACCCAUCACUCUUUCGCAUAACCAGAUCAGAAAGUUGGAGAGCACCCUAAUGGACAUCGACAACCAUACCCUAUGGAACGACUACCGCAUCGCUCAGCCUCUCAACGACCGAGUGGUGGAGUCGUCUUUCCUGCCUCGACUUGGAAAAGGCUCGUUCUGUCGACAAGACGAAAUUGAAUCCAAGCUGUUGAAAAUCGAAGGUCUGAUAACGUCUCUUGGAAGGCAUGUGUAUUCAGGUGGACGACGCAACCCGCGACCGAGCAAAACUGAAUCGCAAGCUUUGUUUCCUCUGGUGCUCAACUUUCAGCGGGAGAAUUCAGGCAGUUAUGCAAAGGCCCACCUCAGCCAUCCAAUGGAUCUGGACUCCUUUACUGUCUGCAUGCACGUCUUGGCUGAAGCUAAGGGGGCACACAACAUCAUAUCCUAUUCCAGCAACACCAUCCACAACGAGCUGAUGAUCUCCGUCAGCGAGGACCGGGAUGCCAAGGAGGUCGGGCUCUGGAUCGGCAACGAGUUCGUCAACUUGCCGUACAAUGUCAAGUCCCGCAGUUGGGUCAACUACUGCAUCACCUGGUCGUCCCGCACCGGCGGUGUAGAGCUGUGGAUCGACGGCAUGGUGGGAGAGCGGCGCUACCUAAAAAGCGGUUACACGAUCAACCCCGGGGGGUCCUUCAUCCUGGGCAACGACCAGGACAGCUUGCUGGGCAUCUCGGACACAGACUCCUUCGUGGGAAAGCUUACCGAUGUCAAUGUAUGGGACUACGUGCUGACAACGGCAAAUAUUCGGGACCAGAUGUCAUGCGAAGGGAACGGCACGUCGCAGGGAAAUGUCUUCAGUUGGGGGAGCACCAAACUUAGCUUGUACGAGGGGGUGCAGCUGGAUACUCAAUACAGAUGCUCUUGAAACAACCUGAUUUUGAGUCCAGACCACAAAAAACAGCUAGGAAUUCAUUGGUUGCCAAUGACGGCGAUCGACGUCCAAGGCAACGAUCUUCUUAGGUCUUUGGCAGCCCUAAUAAUUUUCGCCUUUGAUUUUUGUAUGAAAAUACUUAUUAAUCGAGUCAUAUUUUAGUCAUUUCAAAAUUGGUUACUCUCUACUUGUCUAGGAUAACACUUUAUUUCAGUGUUUUUCAACCACUUAUUUGUUCAUGUACUCACUUGAAAAUUCACAUCAGACAACAUUUUCAACAAGGGCGUAGGUUUGCAUAGGGACUGUAGGGACAUAACACUACCAACUUUUCAGUAUGAUCAAAUUGUCCCCACCAACGUUUAAGCAACUUAUUUGCAUUAAAUAAUGAGUUCAAUUGUACAAGUAAUUUAGAUUGUAUUCCCAUAUGUUGUAAGGACAGAAUUGACCCUACCAUUAUUGAGUGAAUCAUUUUUAUCAUGUUCAGACUUAAAAUUACCCCUUUUCACUUGCUGAAUGUGCUGGUCCAUUUUUUCCCCCUCAAACACACUUUUGAUUGGCUGAUGACUUGAACGUCCCCACCACCACCACACACACACGCGCGUGCAGACUCACCCCGCCCAGUAAUAUAAUUUAAGUUAAUGGUCGAAUAUUUCAAUUUAAAUUUGCUAAUAAAAUCCAGACAUUUAUUCUGGAAUUUUUCAAAAUGUUUCUUUAGUAGUUUUUGAAAACAAAGGUUUGAAUUGAACGGUGUAUCACCUGAACCAAUACACAUGAAAGUUAGUGUAAGUCAGUACAGAUUUAUUUUGCAUUGAUCAUUUAGCUUAUCAUUUAAUUAGGUUUAUAUGCAUGACAAAUGUAGAACUGACCCACGUUCACCCAAUCUGUUUGAUCUUAUUAAUGUCCCGUCCUCAGCAAAAAGUGUUCAUGCAGGUUAUGCUGUUAUAUCGUCCCUACCAAUGUUGAGACCAAACCUGUACCCUUGAUUUUCAACAUGCCUUAUUUGACCUUAGAAUGAACGUGGGUCUUGGGUGGCCAAAGAUAUGCCUAAUUUGAACGAACUAACAGAAGGUACAGUAACUCGCCACUAGGGAAAUCCAAAACACACAACAGGGAAACCUGCCAUUUUAACAGUAAUAUUACACAGCAUGAGUUUUGACCUAUGCAAUCUAUUAUCAUCAUAACCACUAAAUCCGGAACAGGUCUGUGUAAACUACUAUAUUAACUAAUUAAUUAGCUAUGCUGUCGCAAAUUAACGCAAAUGCUACGCAAACACUACGAGUUACAUUUAGUGUGUUAUUAUCACUCAGCAUAGUCCUUUAAAGGCAAAAGCAAUAUUGCAUAUUCUCUCUCGCCAAGAUUAGAAAGCAAAUCUUACUAUGCGUUUCAAAUCAAGCAAGCCUGCAGCCAAGCUUAGCCGAAAGGACAUCGGUGAGUAGGCCGCAGCAUGUCAAAUGCAUAUGCUGAGAUUGAUGGGAGGCAGAUGGGGCAGUGCCCCCCCCUUAGCGGCCAAAAGUGUCAUUGUAUGUAAUUGACUUUCCUGUAUAUGAAUUUAAAAUGAAGCCCUAUCUGAUAAAAUGUCUACCAUAAAAAUGUAAAGCAAU